AUGAGAUUUCAAUGUGAUCAGUGUGAUUUCAACAUUCAUUCAAUUUGUGGUGAUUGCCCAGAUACAAUUUCAUCCUUUACACACCAACACCAUCUUCAACUUAUGGAUACACCAAAUUUGGAUCAUAAAUGUCAUAUAUGUGAAAAAUAUGUUAGAGGUAUGGUUUAUAGGUGUAAAGCAUGUAGCUUUUUUAUGCAUCCAAUUUGUAGUGAUUUUCCAGAGGUUUUGGGUAACCAAAUAAUGCAUCCUCCUCAUGUUUUGAAGCUUCAAUUAAUGGGUAAUAGUAAAUGUGAUGUUUGUGACAAAUCAUGCAAACAAAGGAGGUAUUUUUGUGGGAUUUGUGAUGUUCAUAUUCAUGUUGGUUGCUUGUCAGGCAAGAAAAAUGAUGAUGAUUGUGGAUUUGGUGAGGUUUUGGCUCAUGAAUUGGGUGGGGGUUUUGGUGAGGGUUUGGGUGAGAGUAUUGUUUCUUUGUUUAGUAGUUAA